CCACACAUCGACCCGAAAUUCGGAGCAGGGGAGCCUCCCGUGACAGUGUGCGGAAUGACAUCGCAAGUGUCACCACCCAAUCAGAUACGGAGCUGGUGGAUUUGCGCGCGCAACAAACGGCCGAGACGGUCAGUCAUGAUCUGCAUGCGUCAUCGAUGAGCCAUGGUUCGUCGUCCGGUACCCUGAAUUCCGGUCUGUCUUCGGUGUCGGCAUCGAGAUUGGAUUCUGCGGUUCUGUCCAAAACGCCCUCCGAAUCGGGAUUGGAUUCUUCUGUUUUGGCCAAAACGCAAUCAGAACCGGGGUUGGAUUCUGCGGCUUUGUCCAAAACACGCUCAGAAUCGGGAUUGGAUGUGUCUGCGGAAUCAAGGAAGAAUGAUGAUUCGAUGUUCAAGAAACCUUUGGAGUUAAGCAAAGCGGCACAGAGCACGUCCAAUACCACCACCCCAGCUCCGCCCGUUGCCAUGGAAACGCCCGAGCCACCAGCACCACCCGUUGCCAUAGUAACACCACACUCACCUACCAUACCCACGAAGGUGGAGGAUACACUUACACCUGCACAACUGCCCACGGAAUCUCAGGCACAACGACCUACACACACACCUACACACACACAAUCAUCAACAGAGUAUCGCCACAGAAAAAAAUCACUCGCACGCCAUCGCGCACGCGCACAAUCUAUUGCUGCAGUGGUCGAAAGAGAGGAGCCUUCCAAAGACAGUCUAGAAGUGAAUAGUAAGGAGAUCGUGCACUGGACAUCGCAGCCAAGUCUGGUCGCACUUUUCCCGACCAUCAAAGUUGCCGGUGAUACCGAUUCUGAUUCCAAUACUGAGGCACCUUUUGGGCCCCAAAAAAUCGGGUCGGACCAUAAAUACGCACCCGUUUUAGCGGGAACAGGGCCGCGCGAGUCCAAUACUAACAGGCGUGUGGCCCAAACACAAUCUCUGGGGCCUACAAGUCACAGGUCAAAUCACACACCCUCACCACACAGCGAAUCCGUAGGAGAUAUCCUGACGUCACCGCUAGAUUCACUUCUGAAUACCAGAGUAGAUCUGCAGCAAAGACAGAGAAUGUUCACAGCCCCGGGCACACCCCCUGUCGCCCGAGGGCGUGCCUCUCCUCGAUGCAAACCAGGAAUUCUGACUCAGGCAGACUCAGAUGCCAUGUCAGAGCACUCGGGAAAUGAAGAUGGCCGCAGGAGCCCGCGCUCGCGUAGUCCGCACCCCAUGAACACUGAAGCCACCUUGUCCGCCGAUAGUAAUGCCAAUUUAAUGGCCACUAAUUUGUCAUUAGUUCGGUCUGGUCCUGGUAGGCCCCGGUCGAGGUCUUCCCUUAGCAGUAGUUCGUUCUUCAAGAGUGCGCAUGAACCCAAAACUUCGGACAGUGAACAAAAGAGCCGGUCCGGGUCCAAAAUUAGGGACACCAGGUCACCUACAUCUAGUAAGAAGGCGUUGAAGAAUAACGCGCGCUCGCCCCGGCGCAAGUCAGCCACUCGGCACAGCCACAGUGGACUAACUCAUGGAACAGCAAUUGCGCAGGAAGGCGACCGUCGGCAAUCGGGCGAUGAGUCAUACGGCAGCACCAAAUCCCCCGCCAAAACACGGUCCUCAGCCAAAAAAGGCAACGACAGUGGCGACAAAUCCUCGGGCCCUUAUCACCCCAAAGAUACCUAUCCCACCACCACUACUACUACGACUACCACUCAAACACAAACCCAAACAGAACCACAAACAUUCACACGCGCAGAAGCCAAUGCACGCGACAAAGCAGUACUACGCAGAGGAAGUGCGCCUGAGGCAGGCAAUGCCACAGCACCCAAACGGGACAGUGCCGAACGGGUGCGGGCUAUAUCACACUCAACUAAUGUAGGUGGUUUGUGUGGUAGUGUUCUGUGA